AUGGACAAAAAAGUUUUGACUUUUCCAUCUGAGAAGGUAGGCCUGUCUCCAGACAACGCAGAGUUUGAUCUUGUAAUGGCUAGAGGAGAUUAUCUGUCAAAAAACAAAAACCAGAAAUACAUGGUCAUUGGUAUGCUAGGGACGGGGACCUUCGGUCAGGUGGUUAGGUGUGUCGGACCUGAUGGCGAAGAAGUUGCAAUUAAGGUGGUGAAGAAUCAGCCAAAGUAUUAUAACUACGAAAUGAACGAAGUUAGAAUUCUUCAUAAGCUGCUUUACAACAACUUAAAUGACAGAUUUGUAGCCAUUAAGGAUGUAUUCAUGUAUAAACAACAUCUAUGCAUUGUAGAAGAGUUACUUGGAAGAAAUCUUUACACAUUCUUGAAAAUGACAAGAUUUAAGGGCCUGGAUCAUUCUACGGUUAGAACUAUACUUCAGCAAGUACUUGAAGGAAUGAUCCAGCUUUCAAUACUAGGAAUCAUCCAUUGCGACUUAAAGCCAGAGAAUAUUCUCAUAGCUGAUUAUGACACUUUCAAGGUGAAGAUAAUUGACUUUGGGUCAGCAGUUACCUCUCCCCAGGGAUCACACUUUUAUGUUCAAUCGAGAUAUUAUCGUGCACCUGAAGUCAUCCUUGGGAUUCCGUAUGGAUCAAGCUGUGAUGUAUGGUCUCUUGGGUGCAUAGGAUACGAGCUGUAUGUUGGGCACCCGUUGUUUCCGGGAAAGGAUAACACAGACCAAAUAGGAAGGAUCUACGGGCUGUUUGGGUCGCUCCCUAUGUUCAUGAUAGAGCAUGGAAAGAACUCGAGUGUCUUCUUUGAGAAGGAAAACGGAUACAGAUUCGUGGGACAGCCAUCCAGCUUUACCUUAGAGGACAUGAAGAAGGCGAUAAGGUCGAAGGAUAACAUGCAGGAGGAUGACGAUGUAUUCAUAGAGUUUUUGCUGAGGGCAUUGGAGCCUAGCCACCUGGUGAGGCCGGAUGCUAGGUCGUUGUCGGCCCACUCGUAUCUCAAGAUCAAGGACCGUGGGGGAGACCUCUGCAGGGCACCCUCGAGCAGGAACGGAGUGCAGCAGAGCACUCUUCCGUCGAGUAAAAGCAUAAGGCACAUGUCCACAACUGGUGUGAUUCUUCCCAGUAAGAAGCAGAAGCCAAGCGAUGACAGGAGGAAGAUAUCGGUUUACGGGAUUUCGUAUGAAAACAAUCUAAACAGGGACACCGAGUGA